UUAUUAUUUGCAGGAUUUGCUGUAUUAGAUAUUAGCAAAACGUUAAUGUAUGAUUACCACUAUAAUGUCAUGCAGAAACAUUAUGGAGAUAGAAUUAAGCUUAUGUACACUGACACAGAUUCACUAGUGUAUCAUGUUCAGACAGAAGAUUUUUAUGUGGACUUGGCGGCUAACCACAGCUUGUUGGAUAGGAUGGAUACUGCUAACCUGCCCAUUGACCAUCCUUGUUAUGUGGCAGAAAGAAAGAAGACUCCGGGCUUCUUCUCCGACGAUGUGGACGGGGAUAUUAUUACUGAGUUCUGUGCGUUGAGGGCCAAGUCGUAUGCCUAUAAUAAAUAUGCUGUAGAGGGCAGAGUAGGAGGAGGAGAAAAUAUCAAGGCGAAGGGUAUCAGAGCUCAUGUGGUUAAAAACCAUAUGACUCUUGAAGACCAUAGAAAGUGCCUGUUUGGAGAAGUUGGACUGGAGUUGAAUAGAGACAAUGUAUCGAUACGGUCAUUCAAUCACCAGCUUAUGACGAUAAAGACCAGGAAGCUAACGUACAACAGCUAUGAUGAUAAGAGGGUGGUGUUAGAGGACAAAAUAAACACACUAGCCCAUGGUCAUUAUAGUAUAGAGGAGGAUGAUUAGCCUGAGAUCAUAACUGGAAUGAAGAAGAGAGACCUUCAACAUUGCUUAACCUGAUUUUAUAUAUUUUUAUUGUUAUAUAUUGAUUAUUACAAAUAACUUAUAAACAACUGUUUAGUUUUGUAUAUAUAUUGUAAAUAUUAUAUUAUACU